AUGUCAAACUAUUCAGUCUUCACCGAGGCAUCUCGUAUUCUCAACGAUGUCUUGCUUGCUGACCGUGCCCUACGUCUCCCGGAUUCGUUCAAGGAGGCUGCUAAGAAGAUCAAGUUCGUCGGAGGCGAUGCCAAACCCUUCGUCCUGACGCCCUUGAAAAUCACCGAGUCAUCCGCUUCCCUUACCGCCCUCCUAGCCACCGCAGCCAACGUCGCCGCGGCAGAGAGAUACGGAAUCGAGUAUCAAGAUGUACAAGUCAACACCGAUGUUGCGACCUUGUUCUUGGAAUCUGUUCUGCUUCCAACCAUUGGCGGCAAGCAGUUCCUCCAGAACCCGCAGAUGGCGUCAGAGAUUGCCAAGAUGGACAUACACCAGUCCUCAAAACCAAUUCGGCGCCACGCGACCAACGUCUACCAGACCAAGGACGGGAGAUGGUAUCACCUCCACGGGUCCAUGAACGCCGAGCCAACAAUGAAGAUGAUGGGCGUCCAAGAUGUCGACGUGACCUCGGAAGAAGCCAUCAGAAUCUACGCCGAGAAAGUCGCCCAGUGGGAUUCCAGAGAAAUCGAAGAGGUCGCCAACGAAAAGCACAAGCAGGCAGGUGUCACUUGCUACACGCCCGACGAGUUUUUCUCCAGCGAGCAGGGCAAGGCCAUGUCCCAGGAGCCGCUGUGGAGUAUAACCCGCGUGCCCGCUCCGCGGACAUCGUGGCCAAAGGCGCCUGACGACCAGGAGUUCAAGCCCCUCGCGGGGAUCAGGAUUCUCGACGUUUCCCGUGUCAUUGCUGCCCCGGCUGUAUCCAAGAUGUUGAGCGUUUUCGGAGCCAAUGUCCUCCGAGUAUCGUGCGACAAGCUACCCGACGUUGGGGCGACCAUGCCAGACCUGCAGACAGGAAAGAGGGACACGAAUAUUGACCUCAAGACGGAGGAGGGGAAGCAGACUUUUGCUGAGCUUGUCAAAGGGGCUGAUAUCCUAGUCGACGGAUACCGUCCUGGCGCUUUGAAGAGACUUGGGUUCGACACGAGCUCCUUGCGCGAGCUGAACCCUAGCCUGAUUUACAUGCGGGAGAACUGUUACGGGUUCAAAGGCCCUCUAGCUCACCGAUCCGGAUGGCAGCAGAUUAGUGAUUGCUUGGUCGGUUUGUCUCAUCUGCAGGGCCGGUUCCUCGGUUUGGACGAGCCUGUUGUGCCGCUUCUGCCCAACUCGGAUUACCAGACAGGCUUGAUCGGUGCUACAGCUGCCAUCCAGGCCUUGAUUGGUCGUACAGCAGAGGACGUUACAUUCGAUAUCGACAUCAGCUUGACCCAGUACAAUAUUUGGUACUACAACCUAGGCCUCUAUUCUGACGAGCAACAAAGGGAGCUCAGAGACCGGGAUCCCGAAUUUAGCCCGCGGCAUUUUGACGAUAUGAGUGCUCUUGUUGGUAAGACGCACCAGUCCUGGAAAAAAAUUCGCCCCGAUAUCUUUGCACACCCCGAGUAUUUCUGGGACAUGAGCGGACGGGAGUUUGGGUUGGAUGAGAACUUCAGGAUCCUGGCUCCCGCAUUCACGUUUGAAUCAACUCGUCUGGGUUGGGAUGAACCAAGCGGUCGCAGAGGAAGAUCGAGGCCCGACUGGAUUUCGUGA